AUGGGUGCUGGAACGAGCAAGGAAAAAAACGAAGACAUGGAUAAUUACCGAAAAUCAUCUAUUGACAGCUUAGAAGCGGCUGUAAAUCAGGGAAUUCUAACUCCGGAGCAGAAGGAAAAAGAAGAACGUAAUCGAAAAUUUCGUGCGCGUAAGAAUAACUUGAUGGUUCUAAAAGAACUCUAUCGAUUGAUGGAUCCUUCUGUAAAGAAAUCCGGUGAUGCACAAGGAGAAGUUCAACUGUCUUUUAAGUACAAUGAUGAACAAUCGGCGGUAUUAGUGAAGAUCAUUAGAGCCAGAGAUCUUGCGAUCAAAGAUAUUUCUGCUGGAACUUCAGAUCCAUAUUUCAAAGUUGACUUAAUUCCCGAUCGCAAUAAAGAAGGUGCUAAAAAAACGAGAACCGUCAAGAAAUCUUUAAAUCCCAUUUACAAUGAAGUCAUUGCUUUCAAUGUCCCUCCCGAACAGUUACAUGAAACUAGACUUCGAUUAAUGGCAUAUGAUUGGGAUCUUCUUGGAAAGGAUGAUUUUAUGGGCGAAUGUAUUAUUAAUCUCAGUGAAUUGGACUUUGAUCAAAUGGGCAAUGGUUGGUAUCCUUUGCAACAAGCGACUGAUUUAAGUAUAUCUGGUGCAAUCGAAAUUUCUCUCGAAUACAAACUGCCUUCAACUAUGAUAGUUACAAUUAUUCAAGGUCGAGACCUAGUCUCUAGGGAUAUUUCCGGCAAAUCUGAUCCUUUUAUUCGAUGCUACGUUGUUGAUACUCCAAAUCGUUAUAAAACCAGCGUUAAGCAUUCUACUCUUAAUCCUGUUUGGGAUGAAACGUUUGAAUUCGAUAUUCCUCAAGAGGAGUUUUCUUCAAGAACAAUUAUUUUUAGCGUUUUUGAUUAUGAUCUGACUGGAAAGAAUGAUCCAAUGGGUGACGUUCAUAUCCACCUAACUAAUUUUGAUAUUGAUAAUGGUCUGCAUGAGUGGUUCUCCUUAGCUGACUUGAAGAAUGCCGAUCGAACAAGAUCACAAUGGGCAGCAACUGCGGUAGUUCAAGAAUUCCGAGAAGCGCUAACUGCUCACGCAAUCUUUGGCUAUCCAUCGUUUCUGUUCUCUAAAAAUAGCCAAAUUGGUUUGAAGACGUAUUCGGUUCGAAGCAGAGUUGCUGGUAGUACAGCGAGAGUACAGGUGGUGGAUGGUCUCUUGGCGAAGUGA